CUGUCCCCUGCAGAGCAAGCUCAAGCAGUUAAACUAAAAGGCAACAAGUAUUUCAAGGGUCAAAAAUAUGAUCAAGCCAUUAAAUGCUACACAGAAGCCAUUAGCCUCUGUCCAGAAGAAAACAAGACUGAUCUUGCAAUGUAUUACCAAAACAGAGCAGCAGCUUAUGAACAACAGGUAAACAUUUUUGCUGAAUAAGCUGACAUCAAAUUUUAGGGUAUCAUUUUAGGUAAAUCACUUGUGGACAAUCAUGCAACGUAAAUCAAAGUCAGCUAGUAAGGCAAGUAGUACAAGUACCAUUUGUUUACAAAUUAUGAAAAAGGCAACAUUUUGCAAGGGUCAUCAUUAUGUUUUAAUAUAAUAACAAAAUAAUAGAGAGUGAUAAAGAUUUGAAUAUUUGAAAGCUGCUGGCCUUUCUUUUUAAAACUGAAAAGUGGAUAAUCUGUUGAUAGCUCUGUUUGUAAUGGUAUACUGACUUAAAUAAUCUGUUUUUAUUGUAGAAAAACUAUGAGCAAGUCCUUGCAGAUGCCAGUAAAGGUUAGCUAAGUGCCAGCCUUAACUUCAUAGAAGACAAAUGGGGCUACUUUUGGAAAGUCUUGAUUUCAAACCAUGUUGUAUUAUCUGACCAACAUUUUUUAUUUGUUGUGUAUUGUUACAUUGAUUGAAUACUGAAGCUGCCAUAAUUUUAUACAUAUAUGUACAAAGCACUGUCGGUCCUUGCCACAAUCAGAGCAGGAUGUUAAGCCUGUGGUAUUAUCCUUGUUUUCUCAGCCAUAGAAUUCAAUACAAAGUAUUCCAAAGCCUUCAUGAGGAGAGCUCGGGCCUAUGAACAGCUAAACAGAAAGGAGGAGUGUUUGCAAGGUAAAACAAUGAGCUUUAACUGUGCUCAUCAUGUAUAAAGGAAGAGGAAAUUCUUCAAAACAAAAUAUUGUGCUCAAAAUAUUGAGUCUGUGUGGGUGUCCUGAAGCAUGCAACAUGACUGCAACUAUGCCUGUAUGUUUUCCGGUUCAAAUUUCGUUUAGGUCAUUUGGAUGCCUUUUUGCCUGGAAAAAAGUUAUGAUUUCCUGCUUGAGCCCAAGGAUUGACCUAAUGCUAAGGAAGUGUUCUUGGUGUCAUCAUUUCUGGAAUCGCUUUAAAUGAGGCUUUAGAAUAUUAGUCGUUUUCAACUUUGCCUGUGUGGUUGUUUAGUACAUGUAUAAAUUUUGUUGAGGUCAUUUGGAUGCCUUUUUGCAUGGAAAAUAUUCAUGAUUUACUGCCUGAGCUAUGACUUGCAAUGAUUGACUGAAUCAGAAUGCUAAGGAAGUGUGCCUGAUGACAUCACUCCUGGAAUUUCCUGUAUUGAAGCUUUAGCAGUUUAUCAUGUUUGUUGUUAUCAGUUGUUGUGGUUACAGAUCAUCUUAAGUCACUGCAUCUCCUCUAUUUCCAUCAACAGAUCUCACAGCUGUGUGUAUGAUUGAAGGUUUUAAUAACCCUAACUGGAUGAUGCAAGCAGAUAGGGUCUUGAAGGAAAUAGGGAAAGAAAAAGCUCAGGAAUACUGUAAGGUAUGAGCUACAUCACAUGUGGGUAGUAUUAGUAAAGCAAUUUAUGUAUUGUUGAGUACAAUUUUUCCUUGCAAAACAGAAUCAUGCUAGUGUGAAAUUAAAAAUGGGCUUCCUUUGUUUGUGAAAUGAAAUCUUGAAUGUACUGUUUGUAGUGUUGAGUCAAUAAUUUGUUGUUUACCAAGUCUUGUUAUGAGUGAUUUUUUUAUUUUGUUGGUGUCAAAAAUAAUGCAAGCGGUGCAGUUAAUGAUUAUGAUUCUAAAGUAAAUGUUGGCACUCUAAACAGGCGUAGAUCCACACAGUUUUAUGGAAAUUGGCAAGAUUUUUCAUAACAAAUAAUUUUUAAUCAUAAAAAAACUUUCCAAGCUGAAAUCUUGCUCCAUUUUGAAUACAACAAGGAAAUUACCCUUCAUGAAGUAAUUCACCGAUUUGCAAGGCUUCAUCUGAGGAGAAUGGAAUGGGCCAAUAUCCUGUCUGAAUGACUGAGAAGCCCAGGAAAAGGGACUUUAGAGAGUUAAAAUCCAUAGAAUUUCCUGGUGGAGAAUACCCCAGACCUCCCCCCCCCCCACCCCCCACUAGAAGGUGCACCUUUGGCCGUCCUUUAGGAAAUUGGUUCACUUCCUGCUCUAGUGAUUUUUGAAUGACCUGGCAGCUACCAAGUUUUGUAAAAUUGAGCUUUCUUUGUUAAAGUCUCCCUCAUUUACUUAAUACUUGCAGAGAAGGAGGACGGCUCUACCUUCACCAACUUACAUCAAAGCUUAUUUAGAAUCUUUUCGUCAUGGUAAGUUUUGGCAGGCAUAAAAAGUCUUCAAAGAAUAUUUUAGUAAUAUUCAACAAUAUUGUUCCUCCCCCUGGCCUUCCCCCAAUCCCUUGAAAUAGUUUCAGGGAGCCUAAAUCACACAUUAGAAACCAAUUUCUAGGGUAGUUUCUUGCAUCUUGAUGACUAACUUUUCCCACUUAACAGUUUAUAGUUUACUUGGUGAAUUAUAUCAAUUAGGUUUUUUAAUAGUUGUGGGUUAUUUUCCCUCUCCUUAAAGUUAGUUUGAAAGAAAUGAAUAAUUACAGGACUCUUACAUGUAUCUUGGUUUGUUGUAGAUGACACUUUAGAAGUGAAGUCUACGGAAGAUGUUCCUGAGGAUUCACCUUUUCUAGAAGCUGUUAAACAGAUGAAGAAAAAGAAAUAUGAAAACAUAGUGGACUUGUGCACACAGCAAAUUGAGACAGGUAGACAUGGGACUACGUGUUCUUGUUAAACCAUUUAAUACAAGAGAUAACACAAAGGAUUGUAAGAGCAUAAUAUUGUCAGAAAUCUCCAAGUUAGCUCAACUGGAUAAGCACCAGUCUGCCGAGCGGGAGGCUGCUUCUUCAAACCUCAGCCAAACCAAUGCUUUGGGUCUCUAAAUGACUAAGGAGAAAGUGCUGCCUUUGUUACAAAGAUAUCUGCAAACAGUUAGACUUUCAAGUCUUCUCAGAUGAGGACGAUAAACUGUACGCCCCCUCUCACAACCCUUGCAUGUAAUUAUAACUUCUGUUCGUUAAGAGUAAGGAAUGUAGUCCCCAGGGUGGUGGUCUAUAUCUCAUGGGGGGAGGGACUGUUGCACGCCUGUAGUAAUUGGCACCAAAAGCUGUUGCAGUGACCCUGCCAAGAAUUGGUAACCCUAAGUAAAUAAAUCUAAGGAGGCAGGCUACUCAUAAUUAUUCCAAUCACAUCAAGUACAUCUUGAUUGCAUCUGUAAACACUUGUGCUGUAACGCAUGUAGCCCCUUGCAACAUCUUUUGAUGGGGAAUUCAAAACAUGCUGUAUUUGACAUAAGUGUCAGAUACUUGAUUUUUGUGGCUGCCACUCAGAGACUAAGUUAGUUUUACCCCUUUGUUGCUUCAGCAAUUAUGCUAAUCUUUAUCGCUUUGAAGAGUGCAAAAAAACAUCAAAAUUCAAAAGUCAUAUCUUAAUAUUAUCAUGUACACAUUUUAUCAAGGCUCAGGACCACUUUACCUCAGGGCUUUUGCUCUGAGAGGAACUAUGUACACACUGAUAUCAAAUGUAGAUGAAGCAAUCCAGGAUUUGACUCAAGUAAUAGAUGCUGAUAGUCUGGAAGACUUGACCAAGGUACUCUUGCAACUUCCUUGUGUUAAUUUAGUUGCAUUCUGCCAAGAAUCAUUCACACCUAACUGCCAAUUACCCAGUUUCAAAUACCCAGUAUUCUGGAACCACAAAAUCUUUGGCAAGCAACCAGAUCUUCAAAAAAGUUGCAAAUUUCCUAGCCUUUCCAGACCUCAGUAGAAUGUUUGGAUCCAGAACUUGAACCAUUGGGCCAUGUAUUUAAAUUUCAAAAUGUCCACCACAUAACAAACUGCAUACAUUUAUCUUUUUAUUCUCUUGGUGUUUUAACCCUUUAAGUCUCGAUAGUGACCAACACCAAUUUUCUCCUAACAAUAUCCAUUUGUUACCAAGAGAAAUGGUUAUGAGAGUUAAUAAAAUGAUCACCUAAGAGAAAAUGCUUUGAUCUUCUACCAAAUUCUCUCAACUUAUUCCUUAAGGAAAUAUAUAGAGACCAGUUUGGAGAAUUUGUAUGUGGAUAUUGGGGCUUAAAGGUUUAAAUAACAUGUGAAUAAAUUAAAUUUAAAUCACUAAUUCCCAAGUGAUUGUUCUUUCAGUUGAAGGUAAACUGCCUGAUCAAACGUGGAAGUAUGCAGCUACAAGCCGAAAAUGUACAGGAGUGUGUCAAAGAUUUUGAUAAGGCAAUAGAACUUGAUCCUGAUAAUUCAGAUAUUUAUCACCACAGGGGACAGGUUAGUGCUAUUUCAACAUUUUUUGAAAACACAUACCUCUAGGUAAUGAAAUUCACAAAUAAUGAAUUAUGUUGGUUAAACCCUUUUAAUGUGGACUCAAAAGGGACCAAGCCAGGUGUUCACUUUACAGAAGUGUCUGUAUUUCAGUCAAACGUCUUUAAUACGGACACCAAAGGGACAGAUCCAAGUGUCUGCAUUACAGAGAUGUCUGUAUUACAGUCAAACCUCCUUAAUACAGAUACCAAAGGGACAGAGCGAAGUGUCUGCAUUACAGAGGUGUCUGUAUUACAGUCAGACGUCUUUAAUACAGAUACCAAAGGGACAGAGACAAGUGUCUGCAUUACAGAGGUGUCUGUUUUACAGUCAAAUCUCUUUAAUACAGAUACCAAAGGGACAGAGACAAGUGUCCUCAUUACAGAGAUGUCCGUAUUACAGUCAAACCUCCUUAAUACAGAUACCAAAGGGACAGAGCGAAGUGUCUGCAUUACAGAGGUGUCUGUAUUACAGUCAGACGUCUUUAAUGCAGAUACCAAAGGGACAGAGACAAGUGUCUGCAUUACAGAGGUGUCUGUAUUACAGUCAAAUCUCUUUAAUGCAGACACCAAAGGGACAGAGACAAGUGUCUGCAUUACAGAGAUGUCUGUAUUACAGUCAAAUCUCUUUAAUGCAGACACCAAAGGGACAGAGACAAGUGUCUGCAUUACAGAGAUGUCUGUAUUACAGUCAAACCUUAAUACAGAUACCAAAGGGACAGAGACAAGUGUCUGCAUUACAGAGAUGUCUGUAUUACAGUCAAACCCCUUAAUUCAGAUACCAAAGGGACAGAGACAAGUGUCUGCAUUACAGAGGUGUCUGUAUUACAGUCAAACCCCCUUAAUUCAGGUGUGUUUACUAAAUACAGGCUUGUUUUACAGAAAAUAUGGUAAGAAUCAUUUUCUAACUGCGGCAGGAUUAGCUCAGCCAGUAAAGCACUUGACUGCAGAGCGGAAGGUGGUGGGUUCGAUCCUCAGGGCCGGACCAAUACUCAGGGUCUUAAAAUAGCCGAGAAAUGAAGUUACUCCCUUUGCACUGUAUUGCACUGUGGCUCGAAUGACUACAUAAAAUGGCAGUCCGGAGACGUAAAAAUAGUGUCCCCAAUUAGUACUUUGCUGCUAAACACACUGACACUCAAAGUGCUAGUUUUUGAUAGCACUGUACUGAGCCAUUUGUCCACUUAUUCACUUUUUCUUGCCUCUCUUUCAGAUCAACUUCCUGUCUGAAAGACUCACUCAAGCUAAAGAAGAUUUUGAGAAGUGCAUAUCCCUAAAUGACACUUUCAUUCCAGCUAGGAUCCAACUUGCGUAUUGCAUUUACAAGUCUGCUGCCUUGCAGCAAUCUCCAAUCCUUGCUCAUGGAGCAGUAGAAAUGUUGCAGAAAACCGUGGAGAAGUACCCCGACUCAGCGGAUGCCCACAGUCUUUUUGCACAGGUUUGUGAAGGAUUCUGAAAUCCAAAGUCGGCUAUAUUCGUUUACAUCUAUUUUUAGCACACUGCUUACAGGUCCCUUUAGCCUGUGGCAGGCGUUCAGAUGGAAACCGGUCGUUUCGAUACGAACUCAAGCAGUGAAAUUGCACAAAAAUUUCGAUCACUUCAGGUGAAGUUUGCAAUUGAACAAGAAAAACAUUUUGGGAGAAUAUUCUUCGUUAUUUAAGCCAAGUACGUAAAACUAACUACACCUCGAAGGAAUUAACUUGUAUCGAAACGACCGGUAACCGAGAGGAGGCUCUCACCCCCAACCCGAACCUCUCGCUGUUUUUCCUUCUCACAUCUCUGCACCGUCUUACAAUCUGAAAGCCUGGAACAGGCUAAGAUCUCUGUUUCCCAUCGUUGAGAUCGAGCACUAACCAUAGUUUCAAAUUAAAACCUUUAUAUCCACUGCUUCAUUGUAGGGUACGGGUUAGCUCGUGCCCGUACCGGCGCCGUCAAUACGGGUGGACAGCGUCUUAAUCCCUAUAAAAAAAGUAAGGCUACCGGGCCUGGUAGAACGAUGAUCUGUCUGUUUAGCUAAUUUUACCUUGUACACUUGCAUUCGAAUUCAAACAUAAUUUAUCGUAUUGUUCUGAUUGACAUUAAUGCCAGGUACUACAAGAUAUGCAGCAGUUUGCAAAAGCCGAGGAGCACUUUGACACGGCAAUAAAGCUUGAACCCUAUAACCCGGUUCACCUUGUCUAUAAAGGGUUUGUAUCAAAAUGACUUUUUGACGUUGCCUGGUUUAAAAAAUGUAUUAACCAAGAAGUAAUUAUAUUCUUUCUAUAAGCAGUGAUUCAUCCGAUGUCCAGACUCAAAGAUUGAGUUGCAAAAAAAAAAAUACAAUAUCAAACCCUGUUUGGAGUUUUUUUUGGUGAUUUCGUCGUGUCUGGAUAUCGAAUGAAACACUCAUUAAAUGAAAGGAAGCUGCUUCAUUGGUCAACAAUUCUUGAUUUAAUAGUUUGUACGGCAAAAGAAUGAAGCCAAUUUUUUAACCUUUUUCAAAGUAUCUGAUUUUAUGUAGAGGAGGUGAACGCCUCUAUUUUCGUUCAAAUUCUCCUUGCAAAUUACCAUAAAGAGUAUAAGAAGAUCAGUAUGGGCAAUGUUUCCCUGCUAGCACAGGACUCUCACGGCAAGAAAAAAAUGGGAGAAAGGAGAGAGAUCUCUGCCGGCUUCCGACGCGUUCUUUCAUUUAGCCGCCGACCAUAUUUGUGGUCGAAACCUACUGGGCCAGUUAUUUGAACGGAGUGUGUCCAGUGUUAAACAAAACCGCGUUCUAAGCCAUUUUCAAUUUGCCCAACAAUUUUUUCUAAAAACCUUUUGUCGUGAACCGUUUCAUGAAAGCAUAUAGAGUAGACUAGAAAAGCAUUUAUCUUCUUAAAAUAAUGCACUAAGGAAGAGAUCUGGGGGUCCAAAGAUUUCUUAAAACUGCGGCUUAAGUUAGACUUCGUUCAAAUAACCGACCCACUGGUUUUCAAAACCAGUUUCGUUUUAAGUGGAAUGCGCAUGCCCUGUUUGUAAAGGAAACUCCAGUGUAUGUGUGAUAGGAAAUGCAUCGGAGGUCGGCAGAGGUCUCAUUUUGCUCUCUCCAUGAGAGACUUCUGCUAGCAGGGAAGGACAAUGUGACCGUUUUUUUAAAAUAAUUGCGUAGGUUUUAACCGAUUGGUUUAGAAAGUGAGGAAAGGUGUUUUCAGCUUAAGAAUGCGGGUCAAUGAAUGGCAAACAAGUUUUGUUCUAACGCAUUGUAAUAAUUUACUUUGAAGCAUGCUGAUGCUACAAUCACGACAAGACGUGGAGAAAGCAGCUGAAUUGGUUAACGAAGCCUUAGAGAUCGACGAGAAGUGUGACUUUGCUUACGAAACCUUAGCCACGCUUGAAGUUCAAAGGUGCUGUAUUAAAUAAUGUUGGGGUGCCUGCCAUAUGACGAAACUAGCUGGCCUCACUAGCCUGCGAAUAAAGCCAUCUCUACCUCGCUCCUCGCAGCUAGGGACGUUUCACGGGAGACCCGAAAUGUCCCUAGCGGCGACUAGCGAGGAGAGACGGCUGUAUUUGAAGGUUAAACCCAUUAGUGCAAAAUGGCUUGACCUCCAAAGGAGCGCUGUAAAAAUAUAGGGUCCCUGAGAAAACCCUAAACCCGCCCCACAUACGAUUAACAAUUGAGACCGCUAGCCAGCGGACUGUCUAGCCAGCGUUUUCUCGUGUUUAACCUCGCCUAAAUUACAUUUAGCCACGUCUACGGUCAGAUCACUCACCAGAACAGACGUAAAGAGAAUUCUUUUAUUAAUCAGGACUUUCUAGCCAGAUCAGUACUUUCCUAAAAAGUAUGUAGGGGAGAAGAAUGGGUUUUCAGCGAAAACUUUCAAUCCAUUUUCGAAAUGUUUUUUCUUGUGGGAAGCGAAUGCGACUGAGAUUUUUUCUGAAGAUUCUAAAAGACUUGCUCGGGUCAUAACUUCCUCGUUCCUCAAUAAUACUAGCAUUUUAAAAUGUAACCUAUUUAACCUUUUUCGUUGUUCACUUUUUCUUACAGGGGUAACCUGGACAGAGCAAUAGAGUUAUUUAACAAAGCGAUCGACUUGGUCAGAACAGAAACCGAACUGGCACAGACGUUUUCCCUUCGCGAAGCAGCCAAGGCACAAAAAUAUGUGACCGAAACACUAGGACUUACUCCGCCAACUGUUCCCUUCAUGUCUUAA